CCUGAAAUCCAGCGCGCUAUUUUGGUGUCCUUAACGCAAUCGCAAAAAGCUCGGCGAGGGCGCACCGCAGCGGCGCCGUGACAUUCCGAUCAUGUCGGGCUGCAUGGAUGAGAUCCGAGACAGACUCCGACAAAAGAAGUUCACGCAGGAGGAAACGGACAUCCUGGUGCGGGAGGUGCAGAAUCGGCACGACAAAAUCUACGGUACCCGGAACAGGCCUCCGCGCUCCGAGGACGUGAAAAAAGCCUGGGAUGAAGUGGCUAAGACCGUCAACGCCACCUCCUCCACCGGCAUCCGGAGAACCGCCAUGCAGUGCCGCAAGCGCUUCAACGAUGUGCGACGGAGAACCAAGCAGAAGAUCACCGCGUCCCGGCGCGCCAUGAACGGAGCUGGAGGAGGAGGAAGAGGAGGAGGAGGAGGAGGAAGUGGAGGAGGAGGAGCGAGCACCAGCGAGACACUGAGCCCGGCCGAGGACACGACUUUCCCCGAGGAGAGCGCACACGGGUUCGGGGGGCUCGAGUUCGGCCUGACAGCUCCGCAGGGGGAUGCGGCUGUGCUGGCCCCUAAAUCGGAGCCGGUGUGGGGUGAGAUGGAGCGGGCGGAGGCGGAGGCGGAGAUAGAGGUGGAGGUGGAGGACUCUGUACAGCCCACAGGGCGGCGGCGACACGGCCAGCAGCGGCCCGGGGAUCUGGCGUUCCUGGACGUGCAGCAGGGAGGCUUCGACAUGCUGCAGCGGGAACUCGGGGCCCUGCGGCGCACCAUGAACACUCGGCUGCGCAGGAUGGAGAGCAGGGUUUACCCGCUGCUGGCGUCUGUGGAGGACAGUCUGCGCAGACUCGCUAACGCCGCUGAGCGCUCGGCUCCUCCCCUGAGCAACACGGGCUCUGCGUCUGCGUCUGCGCAGCCCACAAACCCGCGCCGCUGCUUGCGCGUGCGCACGAGAGGGAGGAGAGGAGGGUCCAUUAAUAUUUGGUUGUGAUGUUUUGUUUUUUUUUCUUCUAAUUAUUAAACCCUUUUAAAAUCCUACUA